AUGCACCUCAAGAAUCCAAACGAGGCUGCAAGGCCCGAUUUCACUACUAGAGAGCAUGAACAAGCUCGUCUACAACUAGUAGAAGACGGUCUCACUGAAGACCAAGCUGUGCACAUGUUUGCGUCCUUGUGGACUUUAACCAACAACGCCGACAAAAAGAAGAAGAAGAAGAAGAAGAAGAAGAAGAAGAAGAAGAAGAAGAAGAAGAAGAAGAAGAGCAAUGCAACCAAGUCCUCCAAGAAGAAAGACAAGCAGCUCAGCUAG